AGAUGGAGGAUGGUGGUGCCCGUGCUCAUUAGCUAGCGAGAGAGGAAGCCUCUCCUCUCCUCUCCUCUCGCCAUCUCCAACCCCUCUUCCUCCUCUGGACCACACGGGCUUAAUAGACCAAGCCCCUCUUGGUUUUCUGCAAACACACAGACUCUAAUAAGCCACAGCCCUGUUCCUUUUCUCUCUCUCUCCGCUGCACUUACUCUUUUGCGUGUGAGUGUGUGUGGGGAGAUAUUAUAUUGCAGGACACCAAGUUAUCUCCAGCGACAAGAUCUGGGCAGUUGCGGUGCACUUGAGGCGGUCAGGGAUGAGUAAGGAGGAGGUCCUCAAGAUACAGACUUGCGUGCUCAAAGUGAACAUCCACUGUGAUGGCUGCCAGAAGAAGGUCAAGAAGAUCCUGCACAAGAUUGAAGGGGUGUACCAAUCCACCAUAGACCCGGAGCAGGGGAAGGUGACGGUGUCUGGCAUGGUGGAUCCGGACACCAUCAUCAAGAAGCUGACCAAGGCUGGCAAGCCAGCCGAACUCUGGGGGUCCAAGGCUGGCAUGGCUAACCAGUUUCAGAAGCUCCAACUUGACGGUGGUGGCAAGGGCCAGGCCAAGGACGCCGGUGGCAAGGGCCAGUCCAAGGACGCCGGCGGUGCCAAGGGCCAGAAAGGUGGCGGCGGCGGCGGCGGAGGUGCUAGCAAGGACGCAAAGAUGAUGAUGCCGCAGCCGACGGCGCAGCAGCUUCAGCAGCUGCAACAGCAGAUGCAGAUGAAGGGAAUGAAGCUGCCGCAGUUCAUGGACGGGAAGAUGCCGUUCGCGGCGGCCGCGCCGAUCAAGGACCCCAAGUCCGUCAAGUUCAGCCUCCCACCAGAGGAUGAGUUCGGGGACGACGGCAGCGAGUUCGACGACGAGUUCGACGACUUCGACGACGAGGAUGAUUUCGACGAUGACGGCCUCGACGACGACUACUUCGACGACCCCAAGAUGAUGAUGAAGCCGAUGGCCAUGCCACCGAACGCCGGUGGAGGAGACAAGAAGGGCGGCAACAAUGGUGGCAAGAAGGAGAUCCCCGUGCAGAUCAAGGGGAACCCCAACAACGGCGGUGGCGGUGGCGGUGGCAAGAAAGACGCAGGUGGCAAGCAGAACCAAGGUGGCGGGGGCGGUAACGGCAACGGCGGUGGCAAGAAUGGAGGCGGUGGCCAGGCGAACAACGCCAAAGGAGGAGGAGGAGGAGGCGCCCCGGGCGGCGGGGGCCAGGCGGGCCAACCUGGGAAGAAGGGCGGCGGCGGUGGCCCCGGCCUCGGUGUCGGUGGACCGAUGGGCGGCAUCGGCAUGCCGCCGCAGCAGCAGGCCAUGAUGAGGCCUAACAUGAUGGGCGCUGCCGGCUUUCCUGGUAUGGGCCCGAUGGGAGGGCCCAUGGGCCACCACCCCCACAUGGGAGGCGCGCCGGCCGGUGGCGGAACCGCUCAUGGCAUGCCGGCCGGUGGCAUGCCUCCACCUGGGUUCUACCAGGGUGGCGCGGGCGGUGGCGGUGGCGGCGGCAUGCCGUCCGGCCCCGCCGAGAUGAUGCAGGCUGCCGGGAACCCCAUGGCGCAGCAGCAGUACAUGGCCAUGAUGCAGCACCAGCAACAAAUGAUGAUGCAGCAGCAGCAGCAGCAGCAACAACAUCAGGCGAUGAUGAACGGGCACGCCCACGCCCAUCCCCACCACGGCGGUGGCGGCGCUCCGGCGGGGUACCCGGCGAUGCCGAUGGGGUACGGGUACGGGAGGCCGCCUAUGCCGUACCCAAUGGCGUACCCGAUGCCGAUGCAGCCGCACCCGCACGCGGACCCUUACAACUACUUCAGCGACGAGAACCCCAACAGCUGCUCGGUGAUGUGAGAGGAGACGGAUCGUGGCCGCCGCCGCUGCGCUGUACCCACUACCCAGUGCGGUGCAGUGCAGUGGGCGGUGGGUGCUUUCCUUUCUCUUCUCUUCUCACUGCCGCCGCUCUGUUCAAAGCCAGCCAACCAACCAACCAACCAGCCAACCGGAAGGAACUCUGAGAUCGUCGUCGUCAUCGCCGUCCAUCACUGGAUCAGUCAGUCAGUAUACAUGGGAAACGGCGAGUCCCAUCUCAUCUAGCUCGCUCCUUUUUCUCUCUUUACUUAGCUUAUUUUCUCUCAAAAAAAAAAGUGAACUUCCUUGAAGGCGAAGGUAGGUAUAGUAAUUAUCUAUAGUUGUCAUAAGAGAUGAUGGUGCUUUUUAUAAUUCGAGACUGAGAAGGUGCUGCUGGUGGUUUCCUUCUUGCAUGCAUA